CCUGGAAAGUUGCAAGAAUCAGCUCUCUCUAUCCAAUCCCCUUGUCAGCCAUCCAUCUCCACUUCACCUUAUCCACACAAAGCCCAUUUUCUCCCCCACUUUAUUCAAUAAUUCAUCACCCAUUUUUCAAUCAAGGAUCCAAAUCCUCCUAUCGAAAACAAACCAGGUUGGAAUUAACUGUCAGGAAAGCCAAAUGGCAACUGCAUCAUCAGCAACCAUGGCUGUGCCGGCGGUGGUCGCGGGCCCCGCCAGGCCGUCCGGGAGGAGAGCACGAGUCAAUUACAUUGCCGGCUUGAACUCAUUCGAUGGCCUCCGGGCACACUGCAAUGUGGCCUCGUUGGGGCUCCCUGUCAGCGCCGACCAGUCCUUCGCCAAGAUUGUCAGCUCGCUGAAGCAGCCGGGGCGGCGCGGCGGCGGAGGCGGCGCUCUUGGCUCGACUUGCAGCGCCGUGGAUGAGAUUUUCAGGAUUGCUGCCAUUCUGCCUGCUCUCGUGCUCAUCGGCGUCGCCGUCGGAUUCGUGCUGCUCAGGCUUGAGGCUACCCUGGAAGAAGAAUAAAAUGGCCUGUCAGGACAAAAAGGCUCUGCCUUGUUAUCCAAGUGGUGAAUUUUUUGCUCAUGUUUAUGUAGCAUUUGCCAAUGUUUAUGCAACCAUGUAAGAACCAUUGUUUUUGAGUUCAUAAUGACAAUGAAAGUUUAACACAAA